AUUGGCCGCUGGUGGAAACGCAGACGUCCGGUUUGCGCGUCCGGCCGCCGGGCGAGGAGGCGGCCAUGGUGCGGUUCAAGCACAGGUACCUGCUCUGCGAAGUGGUGUCUGACGACCCCCGCUGCCGGCUGAGUCUAGAGGACCGAGUGCUGGGCAACCUCGUACGGGACACGAUCGCCCGCUUGCACGGGACUUUCGGCGCGGCCGCCUGCUCCAUUGGUUUUGCCGUGCGAUACCUCAAUGCCUAUACUGGAAUAGUGCUACUUCGAUGCCGGAAGGAAUUCUACCAGCUUGUGUGGUCAGCUCUUCCCUUCAUCACAUACUUGGAGAACAAAGGACACCGUUACCCCUGUUUUCUCAACACCUUACAUGUGGGAGGUACAAUUAGAACAUGUCAGAAGUUCCUGAUUCAGUACAACAGGAGACAGCUGUUGAUCUUGCUGCAGAACUGCACUGAUGAAGGAGAGCGGGAAGCUAUCCAGAAGUCUGUCACAAGAAGCUGUUUACUAGAAGAGGAGUCUGGUGAGGAGGAGCUGUCAGACAGUGGUGGUGAGGAGGCUGCUGAAGCAAUGGAGUGAAGCUCUGCAGGCUGCACUGUGCUCAAGCCUCAGGACCCACUUGUUGGAACAGGACACUAGGAGGCAGCGGCAUCUUCUACAAUUCUCCAGACUGGAUGAGUGGCAAACACAGGCCAAGUUACCAACUCGAGGUGGAGGACUUAUUCACUUAAAAUAAACUGAGGUCACCUUUACCUAGCGUUCCUAGUUAAGUGUUUAUACAGGUUAUGAACCCCUUACAGUUACAGACAUCUUUGUAUUCUAAUUGCCUGGCCAAGAACAGUUUUAAUAAAUGUAUUUGGCUUCUCUAGCACUUAGCAUACUUACGAAGUUCAUGACUUGGCCAAGUCUCUUUCCCCCUCUACCCCUGGCCUCGGUGGGAAGAUUGGCUCCCUAUGUGGUAGUGGAUGCAUAGCCUCCCAUCUGAGGCCCUGUAUCCCCAGACCCUAGGACGGGCCCUAAGCAAACAGUCAUUUAGAGCAGAAAAGUAUUAGUGAGACUCAGCUGGUCUCAGUAAUGACUCACAGGGCCUUAAAAAUACCAGAUUCCUUGCCAAUACUUAAUCAGGUAACUUGAUAAAAAAUGCAGUUCUUGCACUUUUCUUGAGGGGGAAAAACCUGGCCUCACCUGACCUCAUUAUUACAAAGCCGAGUAGCAGCUGCCAACUUCUGGUAGUUUUCUGUUCCACCCUUCCCUCUUGCCUUACACCUGAAGCCAGGUGAGACUGCCACACACACACACGGAUUAAGAGGGAUGAGAGACUUGUGGUCAGUUUUGAUCUGCUACCCACUAAUGACAUGACAUUUCUCAGAUCUGUUUUCUCCAUAAUAAAAUGGAUGUCACUCAAAGUACCUUACACAU